AUGGCGACCGUUUCCCGGGACCUUCGGGACACGGACGGUGUGCGGAGGAGAGAGGCAUCACCUCGGCCGGACCGUCGACGUCGACCAAGGCUCCUACGAGCCAGCGCGACGGAACCUACCAUCACAACGACAUCCAAUGCCAGCCGUGGCGCCAUUUCGAGCCCGCAAUCGUCUCAAAGGGCCACCGAACUCCUCAGCCGCGUUGCCGUAUGUUCGGGUCAUGCUCCCGAAUACUCACCGACGUCGGUGGCCGCUCCCCAUAUGGCGUCGCUCAGCGCCGAAGACAUGACCAUUCCAACUACAAAUCGAGUCCAGGGCCAUCGAGAACACCUAUCUUACUCGAACGGCUAUUUCAGCUUUCCAAACUUUGAUGCGUGGGAUGGAGAACGGCACAGUGAUGACAAGGAAGAGGACGUAUGA